CUCAAUCCUCCACAUCUUGAUUAAUUCUCCUUCGGUCUUCUUUCUUAAGCCGGUUUCUACGCGUAUCAUUUGCGCCUAUCAGUUUACAAGUCAUUUGCCGCCCGGCCAUGCUGUGGCUGCUACUACGGCCCAGUGCACCUCUCAGGGCGCACCACCUCAUACUCCGCUAUCGGCGCGCGCCGUGUUCAAUUGCUCGUCUCAUACAACGUGGCUUCGCUAACUCUUCUACAUCUUUCCCGACACAAUCUCAAUUCAAUCGAUCAGAUUUCACAAAUCAGCCCUGGAGCGGUAGCUAUGAACCCGGACUGCCGACUGCUGGGCCCUUGGGCUCGACCCCGGCUUUCGGAGCUCCGCGGAUUACGCCCAAAACGUUGAAGCAGUACCUAGAUCAGUUUGUAGUUGGACAGGAUCGGGCCAAGAAGAUACUCAGUGUCGCCGUAUACAAUCAUUAUCAACGUGUGCAAGAAUUACAGCGACGUGAUGAGGAAGCGGUCGAGCUGCUGGCGAAGCGUGCGCGGCGCGAAUCUGUUGACCGCCAUCCUGUAGAGGAUGAAUUUCCAGGGCAACAACGGACUAGCCGCCCACCACUUGAUCCGUGUUCGUCGUUGAACCAAACCGAGCUCACAGACUCAUCGGCAACACAACUGGAGAAAUCCAACAUACUGCUCCUGGGACCUUCCGGCGUUGGGAAGACGCUCAUGGCCAAAACAUUAGCUAAAGUACUAUCAGUACCGUUUAGCAUUUCAGAUUGCACACCGUUCACGCAGGCUGGGUACAUUGGAGAAGAUGCCGAGGUCUGCGUUCACAGGCUCCUAGCUGCAGCCAACUACGAUGUCGAACAGGCAGAACGCGGCAUAAUUGUUCUGGAUGAGGUUGAUAAAAUUGCCGCCGCUAAAGUCAGUCAUGGCAAAGAUGUCGGUGGCGAGGGAGUCCAGCAGGCCCUUCUAAAGAUUAUAGAAGGUACGACGGUGCAGGUGCAAGCGAAACAGGAGAAGAACGCUCCUCGCACAGGUGGAACCCCCAAUACAUAUCCAUCAAACAGUCCAUUGGGGAACCCGCCGUAUCCACCUUCUAACAGUGGGGGCAUGUCCCAGAAAGGAGAGGUCUACAACGUACGUACGGAUAACAUUCUGUUUAUCUUCUCUGGUGCUUUUGUCGGGCUACACAAGGUGGUGAUGGAUCGGAUAUCGCGUGGCUCCAUCGGCUUCGGCCAGCCUGUUCGGACACCAUCCAACUCAGGCGAGAGGCCUGGACAGUCAGCAACUGCAAACAAUCAGCCUGUGCCUAUAGUGCCAGGGUCGGAAGAGGAAGCUUUGUACAAGAAACAUCUUCCUUUUUUCACCUCUGCUAGCCCCGAAUCACCUGAUGGUGAGCCAACUUACUUCAAUGCACUCGAUCUCAUCAACCCUACCGACCUACAAAAUUAUGGAUUCAUUCCUGAGUUAGUUGGCCGUGUUCCAGUCACCGCUGCGCUCUCCGCGCUGACGCAACCUUUGCUUGUACGGAUCCUCACGGAGCCCCGCAACUCACUGCUGGCACAGUACACAACCUUAUUCUCCCUGUCAGGAAUUGAGCUCCGCUUCACAACUCCAGCCUUGCAUAAAAUAGCUGCCAACGCCUUCACAAUGGGCACGGGGGCACGUGCCCUUCGAACAGAAAUGGAAACUAUUCUUAGCGACGCCAUGUAUGAAACCCCAGGUUCAAGCGUGAAGUUUGUUCUCAUAACAGAAUCUGUGGCUGCUCGUAAAGAGAAACCUAUUUACCUUUCUCGUGGACAAGGCGGACGUUUCCAUGCCAUGAUCGCAGCUGAGGAGAGCCAAUGGGAAGAAAAGCAACGGCGAGAGAAGAAGCAGAGGGCCCUGAAAGCUAGAGCGCAGGCCGCUUCGGAGGAGCACCCUUCUAUCUCAAACUUCCGUGAGUACCGGACUAGAGCAGCAGGCUUCUAGUUGACACCUAUCAAUCGAUUUCAGUAAACAUUGCGCAUUUCGUGUAUGUGACGUGCAUGCUUGGCCUUCAGCGAUGUUUUGAUGUUUUGCUUUUUUUAGUAUACCAGUCUCCGUGAAUUCUCCGUUUUACGUAUGGCGUUUCGGCUAUCAGCUUUGCUUGGUUUCUUGUGACGGUUCCUUAUACUCAGCCAUUAUACUCAGCCAUUGGAGUUGCGUUAUUUAUAUCCAAUCAUUGCCUCGUUCUCCUCGAUGCAUAAUAGCCAUUAAUCGUGGGA